AUGUCUGAAGCCGUACACCUCUCUCGAGCUCCCCCUAUCGGAGCUUUACCCUCUUCCAGAAGAAAAUCCACUUCGAUUGCUUCUUCCCCAUCAUCAUUCCCUUCUCUAGCUCGUCGGAAUCGCUCCUUGACGAGCUUUGGAGGAGUUCUUUCCUUGUCCCGAAAAUGCCGCGGUUCUAAUCAUUCUCCGGCGGGGUCGCAAUUGUCCGGUGGGAAAGUCGGGGUUUUUAAUGUCUGGAAUGGAGAAGCGUCCGUACAGGAGCUGGACGACGCGCCUGUAUCAAUUGAGCUGGAGCCCAUUUGCAGCGAGACCCAAUUUGACCGGCUUAUAGCUGACGCCCAACAACUAGACGAAGGGGUUAUUGUUGUUUGGACGGCCAAAUGGUGCAGGAAAUGUAUAUACUUGGAACCAAAAUUGAAAAGACUAGCAGCCGAAUAUCAUCCAAGAUUGAGAUUCUACCGUGUUGAUGUCAACAAUGUUCCUCACAGUCUUGUAGCUCGAGCAGGAGUCACUAAAAUGCCAACAAUACAGAUGUGGAAAGAUGGGAAGAAGCAGGGUGAAGUGAUUGGCGGACACAAGGCUCAUUUGGUGGUCAAUGAAAUUCGAGACAUGAUUGAAAAUAACGAUGCUGACAUCUGA